GUGUCAAAAACCAGAAACCAGAAGAAGGGUUUCGUGUUGACGUUUUCGCUCUCUCUGAACAUCCCAAUCUGCGGGUGUUUUUUUUCUUCUUGCGUGCAUACAUUUCAUAAGUUUUUGCAUGCGAACGGGUUGUGGCUCAAGUUAGAUGUGAAUUUGCCAUUGUUCCCAGGUUUUAAGUAAAUUUUGAGCAAGUUUCCAGUCAAGAGUUAUAAUUCGGAAAAAUGACUGCUCCGCGACUCGCGCGAGCUACAAGAAGUCGCUUUUUUAUUGGGAUCGGUGCACUUGUGUUGAUGGUGGGUUUCGUGGCGAUUUUUCGUAGUUCUCAGCAACAACUGGACAAAAGUCGUGAGAUGGCAAUCCGUUGCGAACAAAACCAAGAAGUACUGAAUACCCGAAUGCAAGCUAUCAUAGAACAAAAAUUCCGGCUUGAGACAUCGCUGGAGAACGAACGCAAAGAAUACCAUGAUCUUAAACAAAAUUAUGAGCACAAGUUGAAGGAAGAAAGAGAGAUACACGCAAAAGCUUCACAGGAAUCAAAUGUCCGCUUCGAAUCAUUGCAACAGCAUUAUAAACUAGAACAGAGUGAGCAUGCAGACUUGGUUGAGGAGUGCAGCAAAACUAAGAAAGUUCAGCUUGAACAAAUUAAUGGGUUGGAGCGCAAAAUCAAGUCACUCGAAACCCUACUUGCACAAGCGAAGUCGCAGCACAAUAAAGACGUUGAACAUUGGACGUUGAAGUAUAACAACCUGGAACGGGAGAAAGAACGUGUUGAAGAGCUGUUGAGAUCAUCAGAUGAUAAAGUCCGUAGCAAACUUCUCAAACAAGUUGAAGAUUACGAGAAGCAUUGUUCAUACCGUCCACCCCACUUCGAAUCCACUGAGAACAGCGUGCUACCCCAACCGAAUCCCUUGAAAUCUGCGGCGCUUGUGAAAGAUUUCAGAGAGCAGAUAGCCGUGAGUGAAAAUUUGUAUAAGAUUCCGAUUAAAGUAAGAAAUAGUACAAAUCAACUGCAUGUCACUAACAGCAAUUCAGUGGGCAAAGGGGUGAAGUACAUAUCUAACAUUGGCAACAUUCGAUCGCGUAAUGGGCAGGUUAUUAACUCUGUUGAAAAUUUUCAGAUGAUUCCGAAACCCCUAGGCAGUGGUGAAAAGAGAUCUCGGCAGCAGGACGAUUUUAAUAAAGACCCAAUGCAACAGCCCCCACCGCUAAGGGUUCCGUACAAAUCAUCGACUUCGCCGACGGACCCGAAAACAUCAGAAAACAAUAAGCAAGCUGUACCUGCUGCAAGCUCUACUUCGGAAAAGACGAAAAGAUCAAGUACACUAGCGAAUAAUGGCCACAGAUUGAAAUCAAAGCAGUUGCCUUUGGGUGUAGCACCAGUACCGGAUAAUUUCGAGGAAUUGAUAAAGAAUGAAGAUAAGGACGAAAGUGGCAAUAAUAACAAUCGCUAUGCAAACGUAAUUGAAGGACUGUCCGGAAAGAACGAAGACGCUGAGCAGGAGAAUGGAGCUCAUGAGGUGAAAGACAAUGACUUCAAUUUAGUUGAUGAUAAGAACGACGGCAAAGAUCAUCUUCUAGAGGUAUUGGAUAACGUGAACAAUAACGCGGCUGAAGAAGACACGAAUAAUAUUGACGCGAAACAAGGUGAUGGUGGACAUAUGGUUGGUGACGGUGUACUGGUUGCACCCAAUCAAAAUCUCCUAGAGAGUGUGAAGAAGGACCAUGAUGGCGGCAACGAUGAUAUAGAUAUAGUUGAAAAUAAUAAAAAUCCCAUGUUGCGACACGAUGAGGACGAUAAGUUGAAGAAUGAAGUAGAUGGAGAUGAAGGCAAGGAAAUCGUUGCCCGACACGAUGCGCACGAAGAGCAAAACGAAGAAGAUGGAGAUGAUGAUGAAUAUCCCAAUAACGCUCGGCAGCAAGAAGGUGAAGCAGUACGCAAUUGAGUUAAAUCUAAUAUAGGUAAAAUUCUCUAAAAACUAUGUAAAAAUAUCGGGGGAGGCUUAAGAACAGAUAGUAUCUUAUCUUUACUCAAUUUCUGUAAGUAAUAUCCAGAAAAUAUAUAAUUCAUUUUAUGAAUUACUUUUGCGAAGAUAGUCUCCGGAACUGCCAACCGUUGGAAACGCGUUUUCGAUUCUCAUGAAUUUAAAAAUAUCUAAGUUGGAAGACUUUUCAUGUUUUGGCCUUUAUUUUUGUAGACAAUGUGGUUCCUAAUGAGAAAAUGUCCAAGCCACAAUUUAAGUACAAUUUUCGCGAUGGGCUGCUCCAUAUGCCCAAAAACUGAUUUUUAUGGAUGAUUAGCACAAGAUUCAUUCUCAUUUCUGAUUUUCCCGUUAUAUCAAGCGAUUUGAUAGAAUAUUUAAAAAACGAAAUUUUUAUAUAUAAUAUAGUAUCCAUGUAUGUGUAUAUAGGAAUAAUGUUUAAGAAGCUUCGUUGACUACUAUAAUUUUCUUUGAAUUUGUGAUUUGCCGUUCGAAUUUAUCUUUAAGAGAAUCAUAUUUUUAUAUUAUUUUAAAUAGCCUUGAAACUAACGAAGCACUACAGAAAUUCCUCUUUUGUUUCUCGGUUUAUAUGAAUCGUAGGUAAACAAACUUUUAAUUCUGAUAAUUUAUAUAUGCAAAAGUUGCUGCAUUUGUAAAAUAUUUUCCAGGGCUGUAUAAUUAUGUACUUUUAUACUUUUAAAAAUAUUGAUUAUAAAAUAAAUGCUAUUAUAUUACAUUGAGA